AUGCUAGGCAAUCAGCCGAUGGCAGUACCAGAAGUAGGCGCUCCAGGGCCGGCUCUAGAAGCCAUGAUGCAAUGGAAAGUUAACAAGAAGUUCAGGAAGGACCGUGAAGCUGCUAUGGCCAGAAUUCCAAACCCGGAUGUUGUGGAGAAUCCCCUCAUUGCACAGAUAGCUGGACAGAAGGGAGGAGCCCUUCCCAUCCAAGAACAGGAGGGUCCAGUUUGGCUAGAGGACCCUGCACCAGUUCAGGUCCAACAAAAUCAUCCAGAACCUCCACCUAUUUCACAACCUGUGGCUCCACGUGAUCAGCCUCUGGCACUUCUGCAUGACGCACCUUUCUGUGUUGCCUUACAGACCUAG